AUGAAAGAGAAGAACAAGACAGAUGAAACCAGUAUCCAUGGAAAUGAAAAUGAGUGUACUGAUGGUUAUUAUUCUGGUGUGGAGGUGCAGGAGACGAUUAUUUCUGGAGGUGUUGUGAUUGCUUUUGUUGGUGACAUUACAAAUAAAUUGUAUUUAAAAGUGGUUGGUUUUCUAACUGCGGGGAUUCUUGAGCAGGAAAAUGUCCAAGUGAAUUCAAGAUGUGAGAGCUGUGUGGAACUGCUCUUUGUGAGAGGGGCUGGAAACUGCCAGGAGUGCGAUACCCCCCUGCGGAAGAGCAACUUCAGGGUACAGCUCUUCGAGGAUCCUGCUGUCGACAAGGAAGUGGAAAUUCGGAAGAAAGUGCUGAAAAUAUACAAUAAAAGAGAGGAUGACUUUGCCAGUCUGAGUGAAUAUAAUGAUUUCCUGGAAGAAGUAGAAGAAAUUGUAUUUAACUUGACCAACAAUGUGGAUUUGGAGAACACCAAAAGGAAAAUGGAGCUGUACCAGAAGGAUAACAAAGAAGUCAUUCAGAAAAAUAAGAUAAAACUGACACGGGAGCAGGAAGAGCUGGAGGAAGCUCUAGAGGUAGAGCGACAGGAAAACGAACAAAGACGACUGUUCAUACAGAAGGAAGAACAACUACAACAGAUGAUAAAAAGGAAAAAUAAGCAGGCACUCUUGGAUGAUCUGGAGAGCUCCAGUCUUCCUGCUUCACUGCUUUUAGCUCAGCAUAAGGACAGAUCUACUCAGCUAGAAAUGAAACUAGAAAAACCCAAACCUGUCAAACCAGUCACGUUUUCCACUGGCAUCAAAAUGGGUCAGCAUAUUUCAUUAGCUCCCAUUCAAAAGCUAGAGGAAGCUUUGUAUGAGUAUCAGCCUCUGCAAGUGGAGACAUAUGGACCACAAGUUCCAGAGUUUGAAAUGCUGGGAAGGCUGGGGUAUCUCAACCACGUACGAGCUGCCUCCCCGCAGGAUCUUGCCGGGGGCUACACUUCUUCUCUCGCUUGCCACCGAGCCUUGCAGGACGCGUUCAGCGGUCUUUUCUGGCACCCCAGUUAG